AUGCCGAAGUUGGAAGAAAUUGAAGACUACGAUGACAUCGACAAUAUGGAUAUGGAUCUGGCGGAGCUGGAUCCAACUUUGAAUACACCAAUUGCUCCAAAGAUAACACCCACAGUGGUCAGAAGUCAGGAUAUUGAAGAAGAAGAACGUAAAAAGCAAUAUGCUGGUAGCAACAAGGAAAUGAUAAGUUUCAUCAACCCUCAAACAGGUAAAGUUGAAGAAUCCGCCCCAAUCACAAAACAAGAACUAGAUGAGGUUAAAAAAUUCCAAGUUUUAUAUCCUUGCUAUUUUGAUAAAAACAGAUCACACAAGGAGGGUAGAAGAGUUCCAAUAGAAAUGGCUGUUGAGAAUCCGUUGGCAAAAACUAUAUCAGAUGCUGUGCGUGAAUAUGGCUUACUAUCUAUAUUUGAAGGUGACAAAUGUCAUCCGCAGGACUUUGGUAACCCAGGAAGAAUCAGGGUUUUGCUCAAAGAAGAAGGCAAGUUAGUUCCAAGUGCUUCUAAGUUCUCUGGUGGUAAAAGACAACUCAUGAAGCUUGUUGCUGAGUAUUUACAGAAGCAUCCCACAACUGUGGAAUCCCUAAGGGAACUACCAUAUGGUCCAGAUUUUGAUAAUAUAGAGUUUAAGAAGAUUCCUAAAGUCAAAGGGUUUAAGAUGAACGAUAUAGUACCGCUACAUAGUCCAUACUUGUGGGGCCACCCAAUGACGAAAUCAAUCUAUGAAGCUCCUAAGAUUGAAGCACCUGAAAAGCAAUUCAAGGCUCCUAAGAACAAAUUCAAGGUUGUUAGAAGGUAA